GGAUCCGGCAAGUCAACACACACCAGCUGAUCGCGAGAUGUUGAGAGCCGGCGUCUUGGUGUUCGUGGGGGCGGCCCUCUCCGCCGCCCGCGCCUCCUACGUGUCCUCUGCAGGGGGCCUCUCCGACGCCUUCCUGCGGGAGCUGGUGGCCAGGAUGGGCAGCGGCCUCGCCGAUCCCGCCAGGGACUACCUGGAUCUUCCUCCUCAAGGCAUGGAGGCUCCCCUGGCCGAGGGCAUGGCCCCCCGCGCCAUGAAGGAGCUGCCCGGCCCUCCCCUGCCCCUGGACUACGACGCCCUGGCCCUAAGCCCUUCCCUGAGGGACCAGGAGUACCUGUCGCACUCCUCACUGCUCGGCACCGUCCUCGCCAACUACGAGGGCAAGAGCAAGCAGAAGCUGAAGAACAGCCAGGAGGGCCUCAAGAGCACCACCGACGGCGUCCUCCCCGCCUACUGCAACCCCCCCAACCCCUGCCCCAUCGGAUACACAGCUGCUGACGGCUGCCUGGAGGACUUCGAGAACUCGGCCGGCUUCUCUCGCGACUACCAGGCUCUCCAGGACUGCAUGUGCGACACCGAGCACAUGUUCGAGUGCGCGGACUCGACCCGUGAGUCCGAGAUCACUGCCCUCGCCCGCUCCAUCCAGAACGAGGGCGUGCUGGACUCCACCCUCGACAAGAUCAUGGACGGACUGGGUGAGGCUAAUCAUCGGCUAGUUGCUAAGAAGUUCCACCAGAAGAAGAACUUUAACCCUUACCUGCAGGGCGAGAAGCUGCCCAUCGCCGCCAAGAAGGGAGGAGGACUCUAAGGCGGAAGAACACGAAGGUGAAGAAACAAUCUCUCACACGUCAACACGAAGAAGAAGAAGAAGAAGAAGAAGAAGAAGAGGAAAUAAGGAAGAAAAGAGUCUAUGCAGUGAUGGGGGGUCAGCGAUAGCACUCGUUGCGACGGCUCUGGACUGGAAACAGCUCGGUCUCUAACCUUUAUGAAUUACUUGAAUGCGACUAGUUUGCAAAGGUUACGGGGCCGUCGAGGGAAGUCGUGCGGCGGGGGAAGCUGGCCGUGUGAAGGGCAGAGGCGAUGAUGAGGUUUUGCUUGACUGAUUGCCCUCAAAAGGCGACGAGUAAUUGAUUUCAUGAGUAUCUACUCCUUAUAAUUGUAUGUCAUAACAUUAAUACUAUAUUCUGAAGCAGAAGUGCAGUAUCACUAUUCACAAUGAAAGUGAAGAAAAGAGAAUAUGGAUAUAUAUAAAAAAACAAACUUAUUAGCCUUUUUAUUAGAGGAUUAUUGUUGUUAUUAGCUCCGUAUAUCAGUAUCGUAAACGUUAUCAUCUAUUCCUGAUCGAUAUCCGUUCCUAUCUUGCUUUGCUGACUCAGACAUUAUUCGGUCUUUCUCCUAACGAAGACCAGAGAAUCAUGAAUGAAAACCAUGAUGUUUUGUGAAUGAGACACAGGGAAGUCUGUAUCGCUGAUCCUUUCAUCACGUGUAGCGCACAAUAGACAUAUAAACCAGGGCAUUAAUUACAUAACAGUAUUUAAAAAAAAGUAAAAAAAAUAUAUAUAUAUAUAAAGCAUAAUGGUCAUAUGGUAUGAAUAGAAAAGGAAAUUACCGUUUUAAAACAUGUGACAAAAUUGCAUAAUAAUACAUAACAAACUUGAUCUUUUUCCUGUCUUUUCAGUGUUUUGUUCUAGAAGAUUCUAACAGUGUAAUGUGAUCGUAUAAAGCAACUGUUGAUUAUGAUAACAAUAGGACAGAAAUUCCGUAGAGAAUGUAGAGACCAAAGCCAUUGUU